UUAUUAUAUAUAUAAUAACCUACAACCUAGUGGUUGUUUCAUUACCGUAUUUUGUGAUUGGGAGAAACGCGUCAUUUUUCGCGGACCCAUAACCCAUGCUGAAUUUUAUUUGAAAUUACUUGUUUGUCGAAGUGUAAAAUAAAUGAUUACUCGUGAAAAUUUUCAAGUGCACAAAUAGUAAAAGCACAUCGAUUAUUAUUAUUUCAUUAUUGUUUUUGUUGAUUUAUUUGUCAACGAAAAUGGUUGUCUGUAAAUAUUUUCAACAGGGUAACUGUCGAUUUGGACAAUAUUGUAGAUUCGAACAUGGGGCAUUUGCAGUAGGUGGUCAGGGAGCAGGCAAUAAAUCAUAUGGAGAUAGUAAAAGUAUUGUACUUGGAGUUGCUGAAGAAGUACUGGCAGCAGAGAGAGGUGGCCAAUGGCUUCUUUCUUGUUUUGGACCUUUCAAAGAACAAGCCUGCAUUCCUGGCAUGGAAGAUGUAUCCCCAGAAGAGGUUCGAUGGGAAAUGUAUCAGGCUCAAAAAAAUGGCACUGUUGAUCAGACAAAACUUGAAUUUCAACAACUUUGUCAAGCAAUGACAACCAAGCGAGAAGCAUUAAAGAAUCCAACUCACGAGACAGCUGAUAUGUUGGAAAAAUUACAAAAGUUGCAGCGAGAUUCAAGUUUCUCAACAACAUCUAAUUUUGUACUUUCCACUCCACAAUUGGGUGGUGGAUCCCUAUCUGGAACUGGUGGUUUUGCCUCUAAAUCAUUUGGUAGUCCUUCAUCCGCAUCUUUCGGUGAAAGCGUCAAUUCCCCUCCAGUUACUCAAACAUUGAUUUUCACUCAUCCAAAUAAUAAUAAUAAUAAUAACAACAAUACUUCAUUUUUUGGAACAGCUCCUACAUUUGGCGCUUUUGCCGCACCUCAAGUAUCAAAUUCCAUUUUUGGGGGUUCUACAAAAACAACAUCAAUUUUUGGUAACUCCCAAUCGAUGGCAGCAUUUGGUUCAACUUCAUCGGCUACCUCGACACCAGUAGCAAUAUCUCAACCAAAUAAUCAAACUUUAUUCAGUACAAAUCAACAACAAAAGAGUAUUUUUCCGACGAGUCAAUCGAGUUCAGCUUUUGGUGGAGGAAGUGUAUUUGGAGGGGAUACGACAAACGUUAUUCAGCAAACGGGGGCACCGAUUUUUGGAAAUUCUUCGAGCACCAUUUUCGGCCAGGCGAAAAAUAGUGUAGCAUUUGGUAGUAGUGCUACAAUAUUCGGUGCUAAUGGCAGUGGAUUUGGAACAGCAAAUACUGGAGCGGUAUUUGGUGGUCAGGGAAUGUUUACUAGUUCCGGCAGUGUCUUCGGCCAAACAACCACGAGUUCUCCGUUUGGCACGUCACCUAGAACAACCAAUAGCUUUGCCACCUUGACAACGUCAAAUCACACUCCUUUCACAAAUACUAACAAUACUAUUCCAUUUGGAAGUAAUAAUAAUAAUUCAUCAAAUUUGGGUGACAAUAGUUCAUUGGGAAAAUUGGAAAUUAGCGCGUCUGGAGAUUCCGCCCAGUUGUUGACAGCUAACUCUCUGGCAAACUCUCAGUCUGGAUCUUCUAAAGCUAGUAUCUCAGUAGGUUUUGCAAACACCAUUGAACCUCCUGAAAAAUUUGGCAAUAGGACCAGUAAUCCAUUCAUUUCAAUUCCAACAGCAGCCACAGUCCACAACCCCUUCAUUACAAAAUCCCAAUUAUCUAGUGAAUCUUUCGCACAAUCACCAUUUUCUGGAACUACACGUGAUGAGAUCAUUGAUGAGGGUAUUUACAGUACAGAAGAAAAUCUCUCUGAUAAUGAUAGGAGAAUAUUCCUUGCCGGAACAUUUACCUUGGGUGAAAUAGCAAUAAGGGCCCCUACUAUUGAAUUAAGAUAGACGUGUUUCGUACUUGACCUGUUUUUUUUUUCAAUCCAAAUUUCCAAUGAAUUGAAGAAAAAAAAAA